AAAGUGAUACAAAUAAUAAUUUCAUCCUUAGCAGUUUACAAGAACUGUGCUGAACUCUACAAAGCUGGUAAACGGAACAGCGGUGUCUAUACAAUUAACCCCGAUAACACAGGUGCCUUCGACGUGUAUUGUGACCAAUCGACAGCCGGUGGGGGGUGGACAGUGUUCCAAAAGAGACUGGACGGCUCAGUUGAUUUCUACCGCGGCUGGGAUGACUACAAACGAGGCUUUGGAAAUCUGAAUGGUGAGUUUUGGCUCGGACUGGACAAGAUUCAUCGCCUUACAAAAGAGCGUAGCAAGCUUCAUGUGGAUCUUGAAGACACGACUGGAAAAACAGCUUACGCUGAAUACGACUUUUUUGGUGUUGCAAGUGAGAGAAGUAAAUACAAGCUGAGUCUUGGAACAUAUUCAGGUAAGUUUUUUUAAGGUGAAUCUUACAAGAAGCGUAGCACAUUAAUAAAAACAUAAAUUAGAAAAAAAAAAUCACAACUACCUGUAAUCCAAUCAACACCUCUUGAGGACACGGAAAGGCAAGUAAUUCAUGGUAGUGAAUUACUUGCCACACUAUAGGAAAAAAGCUUGCCUAGCCCCGGGCCUCAUUAUGCCGCGCGACCAAAGCGUUUCGGGCCACGUGGUCCAAGGCAAGGAAAAAACGUCUUAUUCUGAAUACGAUUUUUUGUUGUUGCAAGUGAGAGAAGUAAAUACAGCGAUUAUUCUUAUUAAGUAGGUUUGUUAAAGGAGUUCCAUUUUUCAAUGGAAUGUAUACGAACGAGGUUCCUUUUCUGUCAUAUGAAUUAUUUAAAAGGGUAAGGGGUUGGACCUCGGGGCGGAGCCUCCCCGUAGAAAACAUGAGGGAGGUUGAGCAAAAACGUUUUUUAGCGACACACGUCAACCGGAAUAGAAGCCUUGUCCUUUUUUGUAUGCCUUGACGAAGAAUUACCUUCACGUUACCAACUUUGUAUUGCAAAAGUGUAAGUGUCUUUACUCUUCUUACAAGGACGCCUUGCCGGAACAUUUGGGCAAAACCACUGAACAAGAACUCAAAAAAGUCCACUUUGGGUUGACGUGUGCUACUUAAAAACGUUUUUGCUUAAGCUGAUCGUAAUGCAGAUCCCCACUGUUGGGUAGCCCUGGAACCCGACCGCAGGGGCAUGUGGUUUUAACAAGACAUAUCAUCGUUUUUGUUUCAAUUCGCGCGCUUGACUUUCCGCGGAGAGACUUCAAUGGAAAUGGACAUACAAAACUAUCAGUGUUUUCGGCAAAAACGAAACGGCAACAAUUUUCCGUGUUCUUUAUUCUUAUGGCCCAUAGAAAUGACGUCGACGACAAAAUGUGCAAAACGUUAUUUCCAUUGGAGUUUUGAACAUUCUUGUGUCCUUUCUGUGGUUGGAUAUAAGAGUAAAGACCUACAGACCAUGGGCAAUUCUUGUCGAUAUGUUAAUCAUGAAAAUACUUUCCCGAACUACCAUAGUUUGAAAUAAGCGUUUCGUAUAAUUUCUGGUUUUGUGUCGUUCUUAUUGUUAAUUGCCCUUGGCAAAUAAACCCUUGUAAACGUUACUUUCAUCCCCAGGAACUGAUGCAUAUUAAGCAGCAUAAGAAACGUGACGUUUAUCAAAAAAUCCAUUUAACAAGAGCUUGUUUUAUAUACUGCAGUUUGUGGUGAAGUUGUGGGGUAGCUGUUUACGAACAGUUCUAGCUAGAAAUGAAAUAAUCGAAGUGUCUCUGCUUGUAAUACUUCAUCAAUGGAAUAUUUUUUCUUUAGGUACUGCCGGUGACUCGCUUUCAUAUCAUCGUGGCAUGGCUUUUACCACCAAAGAUUGUGACAACGACCCUAACUCCAGCAACUGUGCCAUAAUGUACAAGGGAGCCUGGUGGUUUAAAAGCUGCCACUUUUCACACUUGAAUGGUCUCUAUCUCCACGGGCAGCACUCUAACGAAUGGCAAGGCGUCAACUGGUAUUAUUGGAAGGGCAACAAUUACUCCGCCAAACGAGCUGAGCUGAAAAUCAAACCAGUUGAUACCUAG